AUUCUUACAAAUUUUGUUGUGACAGUUUCAAUGAAAUCUUAUAUAAACUUAGCUAUAGUAAUAAGCUUACUAUAUUUAGUGCUCAAAGAAAACAACAUACACCAAUAAUUUCAUAGCACAUAAGCAUUAAUUGCAGUCACAAUCAUUUUUGUCAUUUGCUAACGAAGAAGAAAACGUUAAAGCAACCAACAUCAACAAACACAGGUAGACAAACAUAUGUGUUAGAGUUAUCCCCACUUCCAACAUUAAUUAACUUAACUUACUAUGCUUCAACGGAUUCUCCCGGAAGAUGACAUCGAAAAUCUUGCUAAGGUGAGAUUUUUGGGCCUCGAAGAAAGUGAUUGUCUUUUCAUGGAAAUUUCUUCAAGAUAAGGUUCCAACUCGGCAGAAUCUUUGCAGGCGGAGAGUGUUGGUAGGGAUUAGGAUUACUGAUACAUCCUGUGUGUUUUGUGGGGCGAUUGAGAAGUCGGUCGACCACCUUUUUGUUUCUUGUGAUUGGAUUUCUCCAAUUUGGUAUCACAUUGCUAGGUGGUUAGGGAUCGAGUAUGUGUCUCCAAAUAGAAUUAUGCAAGUCUUUUGAGAGCUUCUUUGGGGUGGGUGUGGGGCGUCGGGUACGGUUAGGAAUGAUUCUAAUGUGAUAUGUUUUUGUGUGGUCUAUCUGGACCUCCCGAGAUGAUAUUAUCUUUGUUGGUCGGUCUUCAACGAUUGCUAAUAUCGUGGAUAGGGUGAAACUUCCCUCCAGGAAAUGGUUUUCAGGUAAAAACUCUGAUAGCCCCUGCUUUAUCUAAGAGUGGGAGGUUCAACCUCUCUUGUGUUUGUCCAAUAAGGCAAGGUGAGGAUGCAGUGUAUGGAUGUAUCUGGUUCUUAUUGAUUAGUAUCUCUUGGGGUGGCCACUCUUAGUUGGCUUUUCCCCGUCCCUUUUUUAAACUCGAGUUAUUGUGUAUAUAUGGAAAAAUUUCAGUUAGCAAGUGUGAGAUGAGUUAAGUCUCACAUUGCUUAGAAAAGUGGAGGUUGGACAUUUUUCAAGUGAGAUGACCCAUAAACCUAACACCUUAAGGUUUUGAGUUAAAGUGUGGUGUCCAACUCACUUGUAUAAUUAUUCUUAAGCCCAAUGUGGAUAAUCUCUCGGUUGGCCCCUGUUGAGUCAUUUAGCAAAGUUCUAGAUUUAAAUGGGUCCCUAAUACUAGACGGUAAAAUUGGUGUCUUCGAAUUAACCGGUCCUUAGAUUGAAAUAUUGAGUUCGUGUCUAAAAUAAUUUUUUUUUCCAAAUAUUUUAAAAGAAAACUUUGUACCUACCGUAUGUAACAAAAAGAAAAUGAGUAAUUAAUUUCACCAAUAAGAUCAGUGCAAACAUGAUAUAAAUACGGCUCAUGAUGCACCAACAUGCAUAGUAAACAUAAAAGCCAAAACAAACAAACCAUGGGAUCUAUCUGUGAAGAUAUUCAUGAUAUUCCAAAAUUUUUACCUUUUGUAGCAGAGGAUGAUGAUGAUGCAUGUCUCUCUGCUAUGCUUCUUUGUUGUGGUCCAAUGAUUUAUACUUCAGUAUUGAAAGCUGCAAUUGAACUCAACUUGUUUGAGAUCAUAUCUAAGGCAAAUCCACCAUGUGUUUCAGCAUCAUAUGUUGCUUCAAAACUAUCAACAACACAACAUCCUCAAUUGCCUCGAAGACUCGAUCGAAUGUUGUGUUUACUUGCAAGUCACUCUCUUCUUGUUUGUUCUACAAGAACAAAUGAAGAAGGUGGGAAUGAAAGAUUUUAUGAAGUUUCAUUGGCUGGUAAAUACUUUGUUAAAGAUGAGAAAAAUGGUUCUGUUGCUUUGUUCUCAUCAUUUAUGAAUCACCAAAAGUUCAUGGAUGCAUUCAACAAUUUUAAGGAGGUACUAUCAGACUGUGAAAAUGGACUAUACAUGAAUGUUCAUGGAAUGCCAGUUUAUCAAGGCAUACAGUCUGAUCCAGCUUGGAAUCAUGUGUUUAACAAAUCAAUGGCUGAUAUUUGCACAAUAGAAAUGAAGAAAAUAUUAGAAAAAUACAAAGGAUUUGAAGGAAUUUCAAUGUUGGUUGAUGUUGGAGGAGGAAUUGGGCAAAGUUUGAAUAUGAUCAUCUCUAAGUAUCCUUCUAUAAAGGGCAUUAAUUUUGAUUUGCCCCAAGUCAUACAACAUGCCCCAAUUUAUCCAGGAAUUGAGCAUGUUGAAGGAGACAUGUUUAAGAGUGUCCCAAAAGCUGAUGCCAUAAUAUUAAAGGCAAUAUUACACAAUUGGUCUGAUGAAAAUUGUUUGAAAGUUCUAAGUAAGUGUUACAAUGCUUUGCCACAACAUGGUAAAUUAAUUGUUGUGGAAUUCAUAAUGCCUCAAGAAAUUCAGCAUACAAAAGUAGAUAAGUUGAUUACUAGCUUUGACAACCUCAUGUUUCUGGAUAGUGGUGUUGAAAGAACAGAGAAAGAAUUUGAAAAGUUAUGCAAAUGCUCUGGAUUUUCUAGUUUUCAUGUUGCUUGUCUUGCCUUCUCUGCUCUAGGAGUGAUGGAAUUUCACAAAUAAAUAAAUAAGAGUGGACUACGGAAAAUUAUUCUCUAACUUUGGUUUUCCCAGUGAACUACUCAUCUAAGAAACACCGUAGAUCUUGCAUCAAAAAUUUGGCUUCUUUAAAGUGAUACAGAAUAAAGUGAUAAAAUUAAGAGUUGAUAUUUCAACACACGUUUAUAAUUUGUUUUGCAAUGUACACAUAUAAUAUUUGUACUUAUUUGCUAAUCAAAUUAUUGAUAGUUCUUAGUAUAUAAUCUAAAGUA